AAUGGAUCUCUCUUGGUGUAUUAUCUGCGACCGCCAUUGUAUUGAUAACAAUCUCUACUGCUCAGAGGCAUGUAAAUUCCAAGAUAUGACUGGUCAAAAAGAUUCCAAGCCUGAUAACAUCUUCAAGUCUCCUUCGCUUGUCUCACCACCUACUUCACCUGUCCUCUCUCCAUUCUUAUAUUCGUUUCAACCUUCCCAUGACCGUCUUCGAUCAGCUGGUCAUAUAACACGCACUUCUCACCACUAUCAAUAUACUCCUUAUCAAUUCGUACCCAGUUCUCCUUCUGAAUCGUCUUUAUACGGUGAUGAUACCUAAAACCAACUACGCUCCCUCUUUCAAGACUAUAUAAUUUUUUCUAUUAUGGGAAAUGAUGCUCUCGACAUUAUGAACAAAGCAAGAGACCAAAAAAAAAGAGAGAGAAAAACCUCAGUUGAACCUUUCUCUCUUUCCUGCCACUGACAAAAAAGGCUUUUUAAUUUAUUUGUAUGCUAGACUGUGUAUUUAUGUUUAUUUAUAUGUAAUUCAAAAGAUGAUUGGAUAUUUAAUCUUAAUAAAUAGAAGAAUAUUUUUUUUUAA